AUACAUUAGUUAAAUAAAGUUAUUUCAAUGCAAACAAGAUGGCGGCGCCCAGUGCUUCUGUCGUGCUGUUGUAAUAAACGCGUGAAAAUAACAGAAAUAAAAGAGCUGCAGCUGCGUUUAAAUCAGUUAGAAACGAGCCAUGGCGACUCCAGGAAAACCAUCCAAGAAGGUGUUAAAGAGGCAGACCCCUUCUAAGACCUCCUUCACGUCCCCCUUCACCUCAAAGUGGACUCCGCUCCCUCAGGAUGACAUGCAUUUCAUCCUGAACACUCUGAAGGACAAGCUGAGUUCUACAGGCCUCGAGAAGAAGGAGGUGAAGGUGUUUCGGCCGUGGAGGAAAAAGAAAGAGCAGAGACCGGUGGCGGAGGAUGUCCCCCAGGUGAGCCGACAGGAGCCAGACACCGGGAGGAACGGCUGGACAGACGUGGCGGUCCGUCGGCAGCUCGCCAUCGGCAUCAACGAGGUCACCAAGGCUCUGGAGAGGAACCAGCUCCGGCUGCUGCUGGUGUGUAAAUCCGUCAAACCGCCACACAUGACCAACCACCUGAUCGCUCUGAGCGCGAGCAGAGGCGUCCCGGCCUGCCAGGUGCCUCGGCUGAGCCACAGCGUGUCGGAGCCACUGGGCCUGAAGAGCGUCCUGGCUCUGGGCUUCAAACAAUCCAGCGACGAUGACGAAGUGUUCAGGGACACCGUGGAGGCCAUCAGACCCAGAGUUCCUUCACUGGAGGUCAGCUGGCUGCAAGGAGGAGCAGCUAGAGACGCACCUGGAGAUACACCUGGAGAUACACCAGGAGAUACACCAGGAGAUACACCAGGAGAUGCACCUGGAGAUCCCGUUAGCGUGGAGGAGGAAGCUGGUGAGGCGAGAGGCCAGAAACGUAAACUAGAGACUGAAUCUGAGGAGGGUCUGUCCUCCUGCACACUGCAGCCUCUAAAAGUCAAGAAAAUAGUCGCUAAUCCUGCAAAGAAAAGGAAAGUAAAGCCGAAGAAACAGAAAGUGAAAUGAAACAGAAACUCUGCUGGAACAUUUUUGAAUCUAGGUGGGAAUGUUUCCUCUUAGAUCGUUUUUUUUUUUUUAGGAUUUUUGAAGCUGGAAAAAAAUGUCUAAAAUCUUAAAAAGCAGAAAAAAUAGGCAGUCUUUGGGAAUAUAAAGGUUUUGUCGAAGCCAUUUAAAAUGCUUGUGAUGCCUCAAGUAUUUUUUCCAUCUCAGAUUGUUUUAUUUUAAGGAUUUUUGAAGCUCAGAGGGAAAAAUUCUGUCAAAAAUAACAAGGCUGAAGAAAUGAGGUUUUGUUGAGGUGAGAGGGCAGAAAGCUCAACUGGAGAGUGAAUCUGAGGAGUUUUUUUUCCUCCUGCAGCCUGUAAAAGUGAAGAAAUUAGUUACUAAUCCUGCUAAAGAAAUGAAAAAUAAAGAAACAAGCUCUGAAGUGACACAGAAACUGA